UGGCCGUGGAGGGAGCGGCGACUGCAGAGGGACCCGCGGAUGCUGGGGGACUAUGGCUGUGAGGAGACCUCUGGGUGCUGGAGGUUCUCUGGCGGCUGCUGAGGGUUGACGGCUGCGAGGGGACCCUUGGAGGCUGCAUGGCUGCAGGGGGAGCCGCGGGUGCCGUGGGGUUCCGUGGCUGUGAGAGCACCCUUGACUAGGGGCAGACCCUUAGCAGCUGCGGAGGACCUUUGACUGCAGGAGGCUGCGUGGCUGCUGGAGGACCCCCGACCUCAGCCCCCGCUGUCCUCCUUCUCCUCCUCCUCCUCUGCCUUCCCGUGGGCGUCAUGGCUGGGGCUGGGGUGCGAAGGCAGGGCUGAGGCACCUCAGGCAUCACCCCGCUGCCGGGGAAGGGAGGCUCCAGCCCCCAGCAUCCGGUACCCGACGGAGAGCUCGGAGUGGGUGGCGGUGAGCAGCUCUCUCCAGCGAGCAGGGCGAAGAGCCGGCGGCGCUUUGUGCCAUGCGGAGGGGAAGAGCCCUGGGCACCUGGGUGCUCCUCGCCAGCCUGGCCGUGGCCAGCUGGGGUGUCCGAGGACAGAAGGUAAGGGUGAAAGAGAUCAGCGGGAAGGUGUUCCUGCAGUGUGAAACGGACAAAGCUACUCCCGUCAGCUGGCGGAAAAAGGGCGACCCUGAGGACAGAAACGAAACCCUGCUGGACCUGGGGGCAGCUCACAGCGACCCCAGAGGCAGCUACGCCUGCAAAGCAAACGGCAAGACCAGCCCCUACCUGCAGCUGCACUACCGCAUGUGCCAGAACUGCAUCGAGGUGGACGCUGCUACCAUCUCUGGCAUCGUGGUGGCGGAUGUGGUGGCCACCAUCCUCCUGGCAGUGGCUGUCUACUGCAUCUCUGGCCAGGACAGGAGGCUCACAUCCCGAGCUUCUGACAGGCAGAACCUGAUUGCCAAUGAGCAGCUGUACCAGCCCCUUGGCGAGCGGGGCGAGGGGCAGUACAGCCAGCUGCCCUCGGCCAAGGCACGCAGGUGAGGUGUGAAGAGGCUGGGGCCUGGCACUCCUUGCCCCCCAGAAUGCCCAGGAGCACCAGGACCCUGCCCUGGCACUGCUGUUGGAAGCUCCCAGCUGGCAGGAGGCUGUGGCUCUUCGUCUCUGCAAGCUCCCUGCCGGGAGGUGCUGCCUGUAGCCCUCUGCUCUUCCCCCUUGCCCCUCUGUGUUCCUCUCA